AUGGGUUUGAAAGAUAUUGGGUCCAAAUUGCCACCGGGGUUCCGGUUUCAUCCAAGCGAUGAAGAGUUGGUUUGUCAUUAUCUUUGCAAUAAGAUUAGGGCCAAAUCUGACCACGGUGAUGUUGAGGAUGAUGACGUUGACGAAGCCUUGAAGGGUGCUACUGAUCUUGUGGAGAUCGACUUGCAUAUUUGUGAGCCAUGGCAGCUUCCUGGUAAAAUAUUGAUUUAA